UCGGAGGGUACGUUUUAGUAUGGGUUCGUUUUGACAAAACGUGGGUACGUUUUGACUAAAAAUGUGUACGUUUUGGUUAGGUACGUUUCGGUUUGGAUACGUUUCGGUUUAGGUACAUUUUGACUUGCAUCUGAAGUAAAGGGCAGAUAAUUCAUUUUACCUUUCGAAAUCAUAAUGGAUCACACUAGAUUUACUCUUUACUAUUUUCCAGUGUCUUAUUGCUCACAAAAAGUAUUCAUUGCACUUAAAGAGAAAAAUGCAGAAUUUCAGAAAAGGAAUGUUGAUCUGUUAAAACUGGAGCAGAUGGAGGCAUGGUUUAUGCGAAUCAAUCCACGCGGAGAAGUGCCAGUACUGAAGGACGGCGAGAAGAUUGUUCUGGAUUCCGAAGAUAUUAUAGAUUAUAUUGACAAAGAAAUUCAUGCAGAUAUAAGACUGGUGCCAGGAACAGAGUCUGAAUAUGGAAAGCAAGUUGCCAAGUUUCGUAAAUUGCUCCUUGAAUUUUCGCCUGAAUUGUUAACUUUUGGAACAAUGUUUCAUCCUGAGUUGACGCCAGAAAACACCCGAGGUGCCACACUUUUAAAAAUGGAUGCAAAAGCGUUUAAGGAGCGGGCGCUUCGUUCAUUGACAAACCUGUCAACAUUAGCUGAGAAUCACCCAGACCUACAUCAAGCAUAUAUGGCCAAGGCUAGAGAUACAUCUGACAAGCUUGAAAAGGUUCAAGAUAAGGAAAAAAUACAAAGCAAUUUAACGAAGCUGGAUUCUAUAUUUGACAGGCUGGAGGUUCAGUUGCGGCAAAUGAAAAUAGAAGUGUGUGAUGACUCGUGGCUGUGUGGUCCAGAAUUCUCUGCGGCUGAUAUCUCGUUAGCCGUUCUUCUCGGACGAAUUUCGUACAUGGGACUCGAAACAACGUUCUUCCCCCACGAGAGACGGCCGAACGUCCAAGCGUAUUGGAAGAGAGUGCUACAGCACAAGAACUGCUCGGAAGUAAUCGGCAGUUACCAAGAUUACGCGCUGAAAGACUACAAUAAGAAUUCAAAUAUCAUUCUUCCGGUUGCGGGAGGUGUAGCCGUUUGUGGCUUGGCUAUUGGAGUGGCUACAUUUCUGUAUAACAAACGUUCCUAGGUGGAAUUACGUGGCGAUGGGUCUUGGCUGUGAACGGUUAUGUUAAACUUGACAGAAAUUUUUUUGAAGGGUCAGCUUUUGAAGCAUGUUUGCUGUAAGUUAAGACUUCUUAAAAUUGGUUUUCGAAAUAGGAGUUGUUAGCAAAACAUAUGCUCGAUCCCAAUACAUAUACUUACAUUUAAACUGGUGCAGCAAGAAGACGCUAACAUUAUUUUAAUUUGGGCAGAAUGACUAAGAACUAAUUUAUUAUUUGGCGGAGAGGUGGGCGAGUGGUGAGAGGUAGCUUAGUGUUAGACUUUAGUUUGUGAUGUGUGUGUGGUGAUGGGUCUCGGCAUCGAACAUUAUGUUCAGCAUUACAAAAAUUGUUCGUUAGGCCAUUUUUAGAAGCAUGUUUGCUGUAACCUAAGAAUUGAUAAAAUCGAUUUUAGAAAUGAGAGUUGUCAGCACCAAAUAUGCUCUAUCCCAAUUCUCACAUUUAAACAGGGUGGGGCUAGAGGACACUAAAACAAUUUUCAUUUAGGCAGAAUCACUAAAUUGUUUUUAUUUGAAAAAAAUAAUGAAAUAAAGAGGGGUGGUGAGGGGUGAAAGGUAGCUUAAAGGAGGUGAUGGGUGAAAGGUAACUUAGGGGGGUGAAGGUAGCUUAAGGGGGAUGAGGGGUGAAAGGUAGCUU